AUGGCAAACUUUAAUCAUCAAACAUUGAGUUGUUUGCCAGCCAUGAAGUACUUCGCACUGUCUUUCCUGUUGAGCUGCCUGAUGGCUGGAGUUCUGAGUGCCCCCCAAUUUCCUGGGUCAGGAUUUGGCUACGGAUUUUCGCCCUAUGGAGGCUACGGAGGAUAUGGAGGAAGCUAUUCUUCGGCCAGUGCCGCAGCGAGUAGCAGUGCAGGAGGAUAUCAAGGAGGAUUCGGUUAUCCAGGAUACGGGGGCUACGGAGGAUUCGGCGGAGGAUAUGGCGGUGGCUAUCGCCAGCAGUACAAUCAGUUUAGCAACUACAACAACUACGGAUCUUCUGGCUACGGCGGCUAUCCAUUCGGCAGAUGA